GCCGCCUCCUCCCCCGGCACAGAAAUAGAAAGGUUUGGCAGUAGGAGCACUCCUAGUAGUGAGCGGGAGGACACAUCAGCAAUAAAUCUUUGUUACACCUUCAACCAGGCUCCACGCUCCGAGUCCGUGUGGUGAUUAGUAGGCGGAAGAAAUCUUCUGUUUGCUCAGCAUCGGCAACGGUUGGAAGCCAAAAGAGGAUAUUGUUUAGCCCUAAACAGCUUGGCUUAACAGCAAGCCAGAGUUUGGUGAAUACUGAAAUUCAGACAUAUUCCGUGACAUUUAUAUCAAAGUACCCACUUAAGGGCUUGUGAAUUACGUUUGGUAGCCACCAAAGUUAACAUUUCAUCCCUUAGAUAUUUGAGGGAAUGGCAUUGGACUUCGCUGCGGGCUGCAUAGGAGGUGCUGCUGGUGUUUUGGUUGGACAUCCAUUUGACACUGUAAAGAUGAGAGAGAGAAAUAAACAACCUCUCCAUGGAUAUGUGACCUAGUGAGGCUUCAAGUUCAAAAUGUGGACAAACCUCUUUACCGAGGGACAUAUCACUGCUUCCAGUCAAUCAUACGCCAGGAGUCGAUGCUCGGUCUGUACAAAGGCAUUGGCUCUCCAAUGAUGGGCCUGACCUUCAUCAAUGCCAUAGUUUUUGGUGUCCAGGGCAACGCCAUGCGCAAGCUUGGCCGCGACACACCUCUCAACCAGUUCCUGGCUGGAGCCUCUGCUGGAACCAUCCAGUGUGUCAUUUGCUGCCCAAUGGAGCUGGCGAAGACACGCAUGCAGAUGCAAGGGACCGGAGAGAAGAAGUCUAAGAGGAAGCUGUAUAAGAACUCCCUGGACUGUCUGGUCAGAAUCUACAAAAAGGAAGGAAUCCGAGGGAUCAAUCGUGGCAUGGUGACCACCUUGAUGCGUGAGACACCUGGCUUCGGUGUGUACUUUCUCGCUUAUGACGUGUUGACACGUUCCCUGGGCUGUGAGCCAGAGGAUCCGUACAUGAUCCCCAAGCUGUUGUUUGCUGGUGGAAUGUCUGGCAUUGCCUCCUGGCUCUCCACCUAUCCCGUGGAUGUCAUCAAGUCGCGUCUUCAAGCUGACGGGGUAGGCGGUGUGAACCAGUACAGUGGCAUUAUGGACUGUGUCAGACAGAGCUUAAAGAAAGAGGGCUGGAGGGUGUUUACACGUGGACUCACGUCCACUUUGCUCCGUGCAUUUCCAGUGAAUGCUACCACAUUUGCCACUGUGACUCUUUUUUUAUUGUAUAUGCGCGAGGGAGAUGAGUGUAGCAUUCAGGACUCUGAGCUGCAGUCUGUUCAGCUGCAGCCGCAGACAACUAGCAUGUGAGCCGUUGUGCAGCAAUGAGCUACCACUACUACUACAGUCAUUAGCAAAUCUAGAUGAAAUUUGCAGUUUCAUGCAGGUCUGUGAUCUGUUAGGUGGUGUCCAUAGUGAGAAAGGUGAACUGAUCCUAGAUAAGCCAAUUGAGCUUCAGCCAAGUGACCACAUGUAUAUUUUAAGAUAAAGGCGGCACUUGUAAAUAUGGUAUGGUUUGUACUUGUUUUUUGUACACUUGAUUUUAUGUAUUUUAGGAAACUUGACUGUUACAGUAAUGUACAGUGACAGUCCUAACAUUUGGAAUAAAAGAAUGUCUUUAAUGCUGUGUUCAGGUCAUAAUGGGGUAUGUUAACAACUGUUCUCCACUAUUACACAUACCUACACGUGAAGUAUUAUGUUAGUUGAUAAUUUUGAAAAAUCUAACAAAGUCUACAAAGUUUUGCACGUUUGAACACAAAUGCAUUGUUUGAACUGUUUUGUUUUGCAAACUUGAAUUACUGAAAUGAAUGUGAUUUUAAGAUUUAAUGUUUUGAAUGUUAAGCGGUUGGCCAAUCCAUAAUGUUCUCUCCAGGUCAAGUCAUCCCCUGAUUAUUUACCUCCAUAUGUGAACACAGCAUUUCAGCAUCUUAACGUAAUGGUUACAAAUACAAAGAAAGCCUUAUACAUGUACAUUCAUAUAGAUUUUUUUGUAUUACUUUUCCUAAGGUUGUAUGUAGUUCAACUUUCCUAUGAGAAGUCAUAGGAAUUUGUUUCAGGGUGUGUAUGCCGUCUGAAGUUUUAAAUAGUGAAAAUAGUCAUUAGCCCAUUGCAGUAUGA